UCCAAUACAAAACUGAUUCGUUUCAAUGCCUUAUUUUCAACCGAGCACUUCCACACUAGACUUAUUUAUUUAGACCUAGAGAGAGUCUAGAUCUUGACUAGACUUGUUUUGCUUUUGUUGUGUGUGUGUCAUCUUCAUAGCUACUCAGCUGAAUCUGAUGAAACUGGAGUCUGUCAUGAACACAAAAACAAUUUUUGUUGCAACUUAAAUUACUAUUUUGUUUCUAAACAUUGCAAUAGUGGAAUAAAAACAGGAUCAGACUGGUGAAAGGUGCUGGAAGAUACAAAUCAGAUGGCUUUACAAGGCCAAGGGAUCACAACUUCUUUAGCAAUUGUUCCUUAUGAAGAAAAAAACAUUUUACCUCAUGAAAAAUCAAGCCGCCACUUCAAAAUUGCUGACCAAGACUUCUUGAUAGAACAAGAUUGGCAAGGUCUUGGAGUGGCAGCAGUAGUGUGGGAUUCGGCAAUAGUUCUUGCAGAGUACCUCUCUAAAAAUCAACAUUUGGUAGAGGGGAAGAAAGUUUUAGAGCUGGGGGCAGGAACAGGGCUAACAGGACUGGUAGCAGCUGCUUUAGGUGCUGAAGUUGUGGUCACUGAGAGAGAUGUAGCUAUGAACCAUUUAUCAGCAACCAUUGAAAAAAACACAGUCAACAAAUCAUGGAAAAUAUCAGCUCAAGUUUUAGACUGGACAGAAGAGGUGGACGCUCAGAGGUUUAGUGAUUUGGAUGUUAUUUUAGGAGCAGAUAUCAUCUAUAUUGAAGACACAUUUCAAGAUUUGCUGAGGACUAUUAAUUCUCUUUCUUCCAGUGGCAAAGUUUUAAUUCUUCUAUCAUGUAGGAUACGAUACGACAGGGACACAAACUUUCUCAGCAUGCUGUCUCAACAGUUUGACAUUGAGGAAGUUUUGUUGGAUAAAGAUAAAAAAAUUAAAAUAUUCUCUGUAAAGAGAAAAAUGUACUAGUCACAUAUUGUUGUU